GACUCCUCAGGUUCGGUCUCGGUCUCGGGCGACUCUUUGGGUUCGGCCUCGGACGAUUCUUCGGGCGAUUCCUAGGAUUCGGGUUCGGCCUUGGCCUGACAAUCCUCAAGUUUGUUUUCGCCCUACAAGAGUUCGUCCUCGCUCGCCUUGGGAAUGUCCUCCCUCUAUAAUUUAUUACACAGAUCCAUAAUAACGUAGUAGAGGACAAUUAUCAAUACAAUGGCUUACACAGGCAGUGUAAGUAGGGCUAGGGCAAUCAUCUUUCCUGAUGGUUUACGAAUACCACUAAGGCUCACUCCCUUGUCCUCUAGCAAAGCGAAUUCUUGCAAAGAGAAGAAAUUGACGAUAUUGGUAACGUCUCCGAGGUCAUCGUCGGAGACGGGGACUCUGGGUCGCAACAACCAGGCGCCCAGUCUGGUAGAUCGUAGACUACCAGGCUAUAAUGCGUCCUGAAUUCUCAAACGCAUCUCAAAAUUCGCUUGUUUGAUAUUUUAUCUCACAUGACAAAUAUAGAUAACAUCUACAAUGAGGAUGACUAUCGAUACCAACAGAAGUUACGUCGUGAAAUUACACAUUUUGUUAAAGUUAUUUUCUAAGUAAUUUCCUUAACGAACUUACUGUUAUUAUCAUAUUGGUAAAAAAAAGUUGCUUAAAUGGAACUAACGUUAUUUACAACUUUGUAAAUAUUGAACUUUGUUAACAAACUUGAUUUAAGCAUCAAAGAAACUUGUGACGACAUUUCAGUCAGACUUGGAAAAUUAUCUUCUUACACUGAAUUACGAAUAUGUAUUUCUCAGUGUAAUGGGAAAUAUGUGCAUGUGAGUAUGGCAGUAAAGAUGUGUGCAUUUCUUAGUGGAGAUGUGCACUUAGUAGUGAAGAUGUGUGUUUCUUAGUGGAGAUGUGCGUUUAGUAGUGAAGAUGUGCGUUUAGUAGUGAAGAUGUGUGUUUCUUAGUGGAGAUGUGCACUUAGUAGUGAAGAUGUGUGUUUCUUAGUGGAGAUGUGCGUUUAGUAGUGAUGUGCGUUUCAGAGUGGAGAUGGGCUUUAGUAGUGAAGAUGUGCGUUUAGUAGUGAAGAUGUGCGUUUCUUAGUGGAGAUGUGCGUUUAGUAGUGAUGUGCGCUUCAGAGUGGAGAUGGGCUUUAGUAGUGAAGAUGUGCGUUUAGUAGUGAAGAUGUGCGUUUCUUAGUGGAGAUGUGCGUUUAGUAGUGAUGUGCGUUUCAGAGUGGAGAUGGGCUUUAGUAGUGAAGAUGUGUGUUUAGUAGUGAAGAUGUGCGUUUCUUAGUGGAGAUGUGCGUCUAGUAGUGAAGAUGUGUGUUUUAUAGUGAAUAUGUGCGUUUAUUAGUGACGAUGUGCAUUUCUUAGUGGAUAUGUGCGUUUAGUAGUGAAAAUGUGCGUUUCAUAGUGAAAAUGUGCGUUUAUUAGUGACGAUGUGCGUUUAGUAGUUUACAUUUGCGUUUAAUAGUGAAGGUGUGUGUUUAGUUGUGUGUUUAGUAGUGAAUAUGUGCAUUAAGUAGUGAAGAUGUACGUUUAGUAGUGACGAUGUGCUUUUCAUAGUGAAGAUGUGCGUUUAGUAGAGAAAUGUGCGUUAAGUGAAAAUAGGAGUUUCCUAGCGUAGAUACUUGUUAUUCGAGUGUGCGCGUGUGCGUGUGUGCGUGGAUCAAAGUCUAGCGCAACCUGGACUCCAAGGUAUUGGUCCAGUGUGGGUAGAUUGGUAAAGCACUGUGUACCUUGUUCCAAGGUUCGUAGGUUCGAGUCUCCUUCAGCCAGAGAUCAGUGUUUGUGUAUAUUUCGCCUGCUCUUGCGAAUUCCUUGCAUUGUUAAUAUCUCUAGUAAGGCUGAUGCAUGCAGGGGAUGAGAUGAAAAGCUGUAAGCCUUCUCCCUAGAAAAUGCCGUGCCCAUAUGACAACAGCAAAAUGCAAACUCCCUUCUUGUAAGCUUUUUCACCCUGAAAUGUGUCCCUCUUCAGUACAGGAAAGACUGUGCAUUAACUUAAAUUGCCAGGCAUACCAUCUAAAGGGGACAAAAAGAUACAAAACAUCCAGGCCAUGGGAAAACCUGGGUAGCCACAGCCACUCAAGAGGGAGAGGUUUUUUAGUGCCAGGAAGGAAAAAACUGGCAGGAAAUGGCAGAAAUCGUAUGCCGUUGUUGUCUAUACUAUAUAUCAAUGAUCUUGAUGAGGGAAUUACUAGUGAUAUGAGCAAAUUCGCCGAUGACACAAAGAUAGGUAGGAUAAUUGAUUCAAACGUAGAUGUUAUGGAACUUCAGGAGGAUUUAAACAAACUCUAUUCUUGGUCAGAAAAGUGGCAGAUGCAGUUCAAUGUAGAUAAAUGCAAGGUUCUGAAGCUUGGGAGUGCCCAUAACCCUAGUACUUAUAAGUUAAAUGAUGUAGAACUUAGCCAUACAGAUUGCGAAAAGGACUUGGGGGUUAUGGUGAGCAGCAACCUUAAACCAAGACAGCAAUGCCUAAGCGUACGUAAUAAGGCAAAUAGAUUACUGGGAUUUAUAUCAAGAAGUGUAAGCAACAGAAGUCCAGAGGUCAUACUGCAGCUUUAUACAUCAUUAGUAAGGCCUCACCUAGAUUAUGCAGCUCAAUUCUGGUCUCCAUACUACAGAAUGGACAUAAAUUCGUUAGAAAACAUUCAGCGUAGGAUGACUAAAUUAAUACAUAGCAUUAGAAAUCUUCCUUAUGAAGAAAGAUUGAAGACUCUUAAGUUACAUUCACUUGUUAGACGAAGAAUGAGGGGAGACCUGAUCGAAGUGUAUAAGUGGAAGAUAGGUAUUAAUAAAGGGGAUAUUAAUAAGGUCUUGAGGAUGUCUCUCCAAGAGAGGACCUGCAGUAAUGGAUUUAAAUUAGAUAAGUUUAGAUUUAGAAAGGACAUAGGAAAGUAUUGGUUUGGAAAUAGGGUAGUUGAUGAGUGGAACAGUCUACCUAGUUGGGUUAUUGAGGCUAGGACUUUGGGUAGUUUCAAAUUUAGGUUGGAUAAGUACAUGAGUGGGAGGGGUUGGAUUUGAGUGGGACUUUCACAUCAGAGCUUAUUUCUAGGGUGGCAUUGAAAAUUGGGUUGGGCAAAUGUUUUGUUAGUGGGAUGAAUUGUAAAGGACCUGCCUAGUAUGGGCCAGCAGGCCUCCUGCAGUGUUCCUCCUUUCUUAUGUUCUUAUGUUCUUAUGCCAAAUCCAGUUAUUUCUGGAGUGGAACCACAGUCGAUGGCCUCCACUCCAAACCAACAGAUACAGAUACUAAUGCCGGAAAAAAGAGUCCCUCCCAGUACCACCAAUACCACCAGUCCGAUGGCAUUCUUCUUUGCAAAUAUACAGGGUCUAAAGCCAGCAACGAACAAAAUACCUUUCAUCCGUGGACUGCUUGCAGAGGCAAAUGCAAUGUUCGCGGCUUUCACAAUGACCCAUAUAAAGGAUCACUUGGACAACGAAAUAUGGAUCCCAGGCUACAACCUAUACAGAUGCGACAGAGUGAACAGGCAAAAGGGGAUGGGGGAUUGGCCUGUACAUUGCAGAGUCACUUGUUUGCACAGAACUGCUUAAUGCCUCAAAUGAGGCAGCUCGGACGAGAACUCACACAUACACGAGCUUUUAAAUCUCUGCACAAAAUUCAACUUAAACCAGCAAAUAAUAGAGCCUACUAGACUGGAGAAUACACUAGACCUCACCUUCACUAACAAUGAUGAUCUGAUACGAAAUGUCACCAUAUCAAAAACAAUAUACUCAGAUCACAAUAUAAUCGAAGUUCAGACAUGUAUGUGCACAGCCCCAGACCGACAUAAUGAGAUUAGUCACGAGGGAGCAUUCACCAAAUUCAACUUCAAUAACAAGAACAUAAAGUGGGACCAAGUAAACCAAGUCCUAACCGAUAUAAGCUGGGAAGAUAUACUAAGCAACACAGACCCCAACUUAUGCCUAGAACAGAUUAACUCGGUGGCACUCGAUGUAUGCACAAGGCUUAUUCCUCUAAGAAAAAGGAGGAGUAGAUGUAAAAUAGAAAGAGACAGGCGCUCCCUUUACAGGCGACGAGAAAGAAUAACAUUUUGUAAGUAUUAAAAUAAUACAAAAAUGAACCAAGAAGCGCUAAGCCACAAGGGUUAUACAGCGCUGCGACACAUUGCAAAGGGAUUUAACUUUCAAUACCUACAUUCCUGAGUUUUCUGAGAAAGAACAGUCGUUCUAGAUCACUAGUUUUUACAAUGAAACAUUCUGAAGCAAUUUCUAUCCUUCUUGAUACAUAGAUUUAAAUUAAUAAAUAGGUUAAUAAAUAGAUAAUAAAUUCAAAUUAAUAAAUAAAUAAAUAAAUAAAUAAAUGACACAGGAAAAUGAGGAUUUGACAUAUUGUUCGUGCUGCAAAACUUGCAUGUAAGUAGCUUGCCUGACACUGGCCAGUGACACAAGGUUGUGUCAAACCUCACACUGUCAUCUGGCCUUUCUGCACGUUGGUACUGCAUUGCAGAUGGCAAUUGCAAGGAUGGCAAAUCAUCAUUACUGUCACCAUUGGAAGUCCUUGAUGAAGGUGUUCACCUUCUUGAACUUCUUCUUAUGAUGCUGCAUCUCAACGUUUGUCCUUUGGAUCUUGCAGUGAUAGAGAUGUCAAGCCUGAAUAGCCUCAGUGGCCUGCAUUUGGUAUUUAGUGACCGACAUUCACAACAGCAAGAUCCAGAACAUAGGCAAACAGGCGCAUGUACCAACGUUUAGAUUUCAAAGGUGUUUUGUACAGAUGCACCAACAUGUUACUUUUGUCAGUACAUCCCAUGUGUGCAUUAUAGAUCUUGAUGACUGCAGGGCACUGGAACUCGUUUUUCAUCCUUGUUUCCUUGUUAUAUCUUUCAAUAGGAGUCAUAGGAUUAACCCCCACAUCAUUGGUCACUAAAGCCACAACUUUGCUCUCCUUCCAUCUUACAACAAGGUUACCAUCAUUGGUUUUGAAAUCAAAAAUGCCCCUGGGCACUAUGUUCUUCUCAGUUUGUUUGACAGGCAUCAGUUCUGGCUUGCUACAUCUAUAGUUAUGUGUACACAGGCAUAGUUAGGUGUACACAGGCAUAGUUAGGUGUACACAGGCAUAGUUAGGUGUACACAGGCAUAGUUAGGUGUACACAGGCAUAGUUAGGUGUACACAGGCAUAGUUAGGUGUACACAGGAAUAGUAAGGUGUACACAGGCAUAGUGUGCACACACCACCAGUGCCACUCACACCAGUCCACUAACACCCAGGAUGUGACUCACACCAGUCCACUAACACCCAGGAUGUGACUCACACCAGUCCACUAACACCCAGGAUGACUCGCACGAGCCCACUAACACCCAGGAUGUGACUCACACCAGUCCACUAACACCCAGGAUAUGACUCACACCAGUCAUUAGGGCUGUUCAGCCUAUCACUUUCCACCACUUUAUUCAGUCGUGGUUCUAAUACUCUAUAUCCCUUGGUGAUAACGUUCACUCUUUUGUAAAUUUCUCCUCGUCAGGAAGACAUCUUUUUCUCUUCGAAGUCCGAGUUUCUGGGCGAGAUGAAUUAAGUUCAUCUUGUGGGACGAUCUUAUCCUCAGAACUUAAAGUUCUCUUUCUUUUUUCUGCCCGAGUCUCUGUGCGAGAAGAACUUUUCGAGUUUCUAAGUGACAUUGGGCGUUAUAUCGCCUCAUUUUUCUCACUGUACAGAGAAUGUUAUGUACUACACGACACUGUAUCGCCAGAUAAUAUUUUUACCCGUUUUGCGACGCAUUCUUCUUCUUCUUCUAGUACACAACGUUUUCUCUUGCCAGUUCGACUCUCUGCAUCUACCAAGCUCGGAGGUGACAUCUUAUCAUCAUCCAUCUCUUUUUUUCCUGCAGUUUUAUCCUCUGUAACGGAUGAAUACAUUUUAACUGCGAGUUCAAGGGAUUCCUCGCACAACGACGGUUCUUGCUUCACCUCCUCUUCUGUAUUUUUCCUGGGUAUAUGUUUAAAAUAUGUAAAGUAAGAGUCCAGAAAGUUUAUUAUUAAAUCUAGCUCGGCCCUUUCCUGAGGGUUUUCAGACUUACCUGCAGUGGUCCAGUGUCUUAAAGGUAAACCGGUGACCUUAGGUUUGAUCUUCAUGUGUGAAGUCAUAACAGCUAAACUGUAUAUGUCAGUCUGAGGAGUACAAGGCUCGGCUCUCUACAUCUCAGGUGCGUCUCUCUCCUGCCUUUUUCCUCUGUAUAGCUGCUCGUACCUUUUCCGUACAACGUAUCCAAAAGGUAGUGCCAGACAAAAAUCUAUUAGAGUGACAAUGUACUUAUGGCCCUCUUUCAUAGGCACUGUUCUAACGGCGAAGUUAGCCAGUUUGAUGUUGUUAUGACAAUAACCCAGUUAAUGUAAUCUCUGUACAAUACGAAAUGAUUACAACAGUAAAUCCAGCUUAAUCAAUUCAUUCACAUCAUUUUUUUCUAAAAACCUUUCUAAAUCUUCGCCACAAUAAACUGUGACAAUCUGAUUAGUUUCGAGGGAUAUACCAAUCAGAGGAACUUUACCUUCCAUGUCACCAAGACGGGUCAAAAUCACUCCUUCAUUAAUGAUUUAUCUCCGUGAUGCCGUCUUUAUAACAAUUUCUGAUCCUGGACCAGAAUACAAGGAAGCCACUUUAUCAAGUUUUAUCCUCUCCUUGCCUUCCACGAGAACUUCAAGUUCCUGUAUACUGAGAAGAGGAACACCUUCCUCCACAGGGUCUGGAAUGGGAAAAAACUUUCGGCUAGUCAUAUUUAAGUAGAGAAUACAAAUUAUCUUACUUUUGCUUAAAAUGUAAUAAAUAAUAAGCACAAUAUUAAAUUAGUUAUAAUGGAUGUAUAUUGUGUAGAUAACUGCUCUGAUAUACCAGGUGUGUUCUGUAGUGUUCUGGAAUGUAUGCUGUGACGUGCUCUGUAUUAAGUGAUGUGUGCCAUAGGGAUGUGUGAAUAGGGCAUAUAUGAUUUAUUGAUGAAUGAUGAAAUGAUGU